CUCGUUUCUUCGAAUGAGAACAAGAAGACAAGCACUUGUUGUUCGGACGGAUUAGGGCUGGAUUACACCUUACCAAUGCUCAACGAAUGUAAGGCGAAACUGCAUUCUAAUGGCAGCAUGGUACAGACCAUCCCAAAGCUUAUCCCAUACACAUCUGCGGAAGCUGCUUGUCCAAGAAGGAGGAGUAAACUGGGGAUCCCAUCCGGACACAGAGUGUGCAGAUUUCCUGAUUGUAGCGAAAAUACCUGUCGAAACGGCUGGUGUGAGGAGACUAUGAAAAACUUCAAAUGCCACUGCUCUGCCGGAUAUCGAGGGAAACGUUGCGAUAAACCAUCAACUACACAACAAGACACCCCAACGAUGUCCACGACGGAAUCCACCACCUGUCGUCCUACCACAAAUACUCCAUGUCUGCCGAAGCCCUGUCACAAUGGAGGAACGUGUACGGAGAUCAGGACUGGAUUCCACUGCGCAUGUCUAGACGGUUUCCAUGGUGAUAGAUGUGAAUAUGUUGAAGACAACAUUAUCACCACUGAAUUAACGACCGACUCUGUAUAUACGCCGUCUGCUGAAGCAUCAAAGACAACAAAGGUCAGGGAAACGUCAAUCACUGCUGAACUUACUAUGCCUACAGCGGAACAAACAACAUCAUUAAAAACGUCAACUUCAACGCAAACCACAGAUGAUGUCAACAGUAUCACCACCGACUCAACAACUGAGGCUGCAACUACAGAAACAUUGCAGACAACAACCAUGGCAACAGUCAGAGAAACGACUAGCACUGCUGAUGUUUCAUCAAAUCGAGACACGAACGUACCAGAAAGCACCACUGCUGCUGUGACAACACUCGAUGAAGUCAUCAGCACGUCCACCGACUCAACAACUGAGGCUGCAACUACAGAAACAUUGCAGACAAUAACCAUGACAACAGUCAGAGAAACGACUAGCACUGCUGAUGUUUCAUCAGAUCGAGACGCGACUGUACUAGAAAGCACCGCUGCUACUGUGACAACGCUCGGUCCUACGCUCGGUGGGACUACUUCGUGCAGCUCCCGAUGCGGUGACUCAUACGACCCUGCUAACCCCUGCCAGUGCAACAUUCAAUGUAGUUACUACAAAAACUGCUGCUCAGACUAUACGCUACUUUGUGUUAACUAAAUUCUGAACGAUCACAAAUACUUUACACAAAUCAUAAAGCAAUUCCAGUGGCUUUGCAAUACGUGACCUUUUGAAAUGUGUGAACAUUGCAAUGCCAUUUGAUAAUAUUAUCAUGCCAAUUUCAUUGUUAGUUGAAAAGGUGAAGAAAAAAAAUAUCAUUGUUAUUUUAUGUUAAAGAUUGCAUUGACAAAAGUCAAUUUCCCCAAAGAUAUUACCAUGAAUUUAUGGACGUCAGUCUAAUUUCAUACAUAAUUAUUCACUAUUUAAUCAUAUUGUUAUACAUGAUAACAUAGAUCUAUAAAUACAAGACCAGAGUUUUUCCACCGGGGUACUUCUUUCUACGAACUUUCUUACCUAUCAAAAGCAUGUCACACAGUCCUAUCUCUCUCUCUCUCUCUCUCUCUCUCUCUCUCUCUCUCUCUCUCUAUCUCUCUCUCUCUCUCUCUCUCUCUCUCUCUCUCUCUCUCUCUCUCUCUCUCUAGCUCUUCCACUAACUCAAGUCUACCGCCUUCGGUCAUCAGUAUACUCCACGUUACUUACCACAUCAUUUUUAAAUGAUAAAACAACAUCCAUACAUUUGUUUUCCUCAUUUGAUUAAUAUUUCUGAAAUUUGUAAUAACCUCAUAUAUAUAAUCUCUUUGAAUUAUGUAUCAUAUUUGCACAACUGAAUGUUUUAUAUUUAGAUGUUAUGCCCUGAUUUAUCCAUUGUCCUGGCCAUGUACGCUAUAUUGUGUUUGUGAUAUACGUCUAUACCACUGUCUAUUUUGAUUAUGAAAUAACUGCUGACUAUUUUCCUCGUUGAAUUGCACAUAGAUAUUAUUAAAGCUAAAUAAAUUUUGAUGAAAAAGGA